AGAGAGAGGGAGAGUAAGAGGGCGCACGCGCGGCCAGCCGAUACGUCGCCGGCGCGCGAGACCCUCACGAGCAGCGCGGCGCCAUCCCCGCCGACCCAUCGUGGGAGCCUAGCUAGCUGCGGCAGCGGAAAAGCCUACGAGAGCAGCGUCCUCGAGGAGGUCGACCGAGUCCUGCCUGACCUGGGAACGCGUGCACUUUGAGCGGGCGUCGCGCCAUUUUGGAGAGCCAGUACGAGCGCGCGGCCUCUACCCGUGCCCACGGGGGUCCUCCCCCGUAAUCCGGCCCCGAGCCGAGCAGGCAGGAAGUGGCAGCGGUGGCAGCGGCUGCGGCGACAGCGGCGGCGGCGGCUGCAGCGGAUUCGGUGGUGACAGCGGUGGUGGCUGCAACGACGGAGGUGGUAAAAACAAAGGACAGGGCGCCGAGUUGCCGGGGAGCUGGGGAGAGUGCCGAGGUCGAUCCCGAGCCUGCUAUGAGCUUUGCCGCGCGGGUCCAGCACCGUACCUACAACCCUCGUCUUCGGCAGCAGCUGCAGUCCCGGGGGCGGCGGCCCUCCUGAGCGGCCCCUUCGUCGCUCUCGGUGGCGGGAGCGCCGGGAAGGUUGAUCGGCCGCGCACGGACCACGCUACAGGGCUUACGAGUUCCGCUGCUGGCUCUUGUCUUCGUCGACGAUGACGCAACAAAAUAAAACCAUGAACUUCCUUAUACACGAUGCCAAUGGGCAUCCUCAAGUUAUAAAGGUGGUGCAAAGUACGCCCAAUAAAGCCUUAAGUGGAAUUGUUGGAACCACAAACACAGGAAACCUUAAAGUCUUUAAAACACCUGGACAAGAGUCUCCGGUUUUGGCUUCUGGAACACAAGUCCUUAGAACCAUAAGCUUUCAAAAUCCAACAAAUACUGGUCAAAGACUGCUAACAAUACCAAUACAAAAUGCAAAGGUACAAACUGUACCGACAAUGAAGCCUGCUGAUCCACAUAUGACCAAAACAAUUCAACUCACAGCAGCUCAAAUGAGCAAUAUAAAACAAGCUAUUGUAUCACAGCAGCAACAACAACAAAGUGCCAAUCAACAACUAAUAAAAGAUGCUUCUGGAAAAACUUUUAUUAGUCCAAUCUUGGAUCACACAGGAAACCGAAAACGGCAAGACACAGAAGGGAGCGAUUUUAUUCCUGAAUACCCUUUCAGUAAACGUAGGAAAACAGAGAAAGUGGGAAAGGGCCUUAGACAUUUCUCAAUGAAAGUAUGUGAGAAAGUAAAGAAGAAAGGGACUACAUCAUAUAACGAAGUAGCUGAUGAAUUAGUAGGAGAAUUCACAAAUCCAACUCAUACAAAUUCAUUAACCGAUCAGCAAUAUGAUCAAAAGAACAUCAGAAGAAGAGUAUACGAUGCAUUAAAUGUACUCAUGGCAAUGAAUAUCAUUUCCAAAGAAAAGAAAGAGAUUAGGUGGUUGGGAUUGCCAACUAAUUCACUUCAAGAGUGUAUAUCAUUAGAAAAGGACAAAAAGAAGAAAAUUGAAAGAAUCAAAGCAAAAACGCAACAGCUACACAGAAUAAUUUUACAACAUAUUGCUAUAAAGAAUUUAGUCGAACGAAAUCGCCUUAGCGAGGCUAUGUAUGGGCCACCAAAGCCAAAUUCUGCAAUUCAGUUGCCAUUUAUUAUUAUUAAUACAGAUAGAAAAACUGUUGUAAAUUGCAGUAUUUCCAAUGACAAAACCGAGUACCUGUUGAAUUUUAAUGAUAAGUUUGAAAUACACGACGAUAUCGAAAUCUUAAAAGAAAUGGGACUUGCCUAUGGUCUUGACAAAGGAGAAUGUUCCGAUGAAAACCUGCAUAAAGCCAAAGCAAUGGUUCCAAAAGCCCUUGAAAAAUACGUUGAGCAAUUGGCAUCUGGUGAUUUGGAAAAAUUCAUACCCGUUACAAUAUCAGGACCUAGUACGUCAAUAGAAGAUACCGAAUUAAAAGUAGAAACAUCCCGACCACCAUCGUCUUCGCGCACUUCUUUGUCGGAAGAUGCGUUAUCGCCACCCUCGCAAUACUUCUCGGAAGAGGAGGAAGAGGAGGAGGAGAGCGACCAGGAUGACCAAGUUGACAGUGACCUUGAUAUUAACUAGCAUUUUGUCGAUCUUUUCAGAAGCUAGACUCAGGUUUCGUUUGCUGUAUACAUAAAUGCAACUUUUUCUUCAGAAACAGAAACAAGUGAAAAAUCACCGAGUCGUUUGAAGCAUUGUGCAGAUGAUGCCGAAAAAUUGGAUAUUCGUUCAUUUGCGCCACGUUAUGGUAGAGCGUUAGUAGUAUACCUUGAGAGAGUUCUGUCGGUGUGUGCGUCACUAUUAUGGUGUUUAUCGUUAUUGCGAGUUUUUAAGAGUAUUGCUCAAAUACGUGACAUUGUUAUUGUGUAUAGUAUAUUGAAUCACAGAACAACACUUAAAGCAAGAAAAAAAAUUCACAAAUUUCUCUAUCCUUACACGUCCUCACAAUAUCAUCG